CGACGAUAGGCGUGUAAUAUGGCGGAAAGGUUCCCUAUCGAAGUUCUUAGUUUGAAGAUGAAAUAUCGUCGUUAUCAACCAACACAGGCUUAACACGACAAAACCUAUAGUUUUAAGGUUUAUCAGAAGUACGUUUUCUUUCCUGGUGGCGUUAAUUUUGUAUCUUUUUCCUUGGAUUGGGAAAUACAAUUGCAGGGCGUUAGUUGGCCUUCGUCGAGGACUUCUCUUGUUCAAUUCUCUAUAGGUUUCUGUAUUACAAGACAGAUAUCAAGAUGGGAAGUCUUUUAUCAAGGAUAUUUGGUGAUAGAGAAAUGAGAAUACUCAUGCUUGGAUUGGAUGCAGCUGGAAAGACCACUAUAUUAUACAAGCUGAAGCUUGGYCAAUCAGUCACGACUAUUCCUACUGUUGGAUUUAAUGUUGAAACUGUCAAAUACAAAAAUAUAAAAUUUAAUGUCUGGGAUGUKGGAGGACAGGACAAGAUUCGGCCAUUAUGGCGGCACUACUACACYGGRACACAAGGGCUUAUUUUUGUUGUAGAUUCUGCAGAUAGAGAAAGAAUUGAUGAAGCAAGGCAGGAAUUACAUAAGAUCAUCCUUGACAAAGAAAUGCAYAAUUGCAUUUUAUUAGUGUUUGCUAAUAAAAUGGAUUUACCAGAUGCACUGAAACCCAAUGAAGUGGAAGAGAGAAUGCAUCUUUCAAAAUUGCGAGACAAAAAGUGGUAUGUUCAGCCAAUUUGUGGCACUACAGGAGACGGCCUCUAUGAAGGUCUAACAUGGCUCAACAAUAACCAUAAAUCUUAAUAAAGCUGAUGAGUCCUGAAUGAAAAACAUUACAGUUGACAAUUUUGAACACAACAAGAAAGACUAGAGUGCAUUGUGAAUGGACUGAAGACAAAGAACUUCAUUUUUACAGUGAGGCCGGAAUUCCUUUUAUAGCAAAUGUGUAUAGAACAGCUUGUUCUUAAAAAUAAUGUAGAGGGUACAAUAAUAGCUGCUUUGUUGGUUGAUAUGCACAAAUAAGUCACGAUGUACGUACCUUUCACUUAGUGGCCUAGCAAAUAACUGCCUUUAGGGGUCUUAAAGGAGGGUGUGGUAUAGAAAACUGAGGUAAAAUGCCCUAAUCCUCUUUUAAGACCUCUUAAAGAAAGUUCAUAGAAAUGAAAAGAGCACCUCAUAAGCUUCAGGAUUUGGGCAACAAAUGAGAUAAAAGUGUUAAAACAUAUUGUCUAGUACUGGUUAUGUUUUUUACCAGAAUUAUAGAAAAUUAUUUGAAAUAUGAAUUGGUAAGUAAAAGAGUUUUGUAGUGCAUUUUAUUAUUGUAAAGGAUAAUCACGUUUGAAAUGCUCUUUUCAUUUCUUUGACUUUAGUUGCUAGACUUCAUAGGGAUAAGGCUUCAUUGCGUGCAAAUACUCUAUUGUACAGUUCCCAGCACCAUCUUGAUACCUGUGAAUAUCCAUCAAUGCAGGCUUGACUACUAACACUUUGAUGCCAAAACACAACYAUCUAUCAAGAAGGCACUGGAUUGAAUUGUACAAUAUAGAAUUUUCAAUUCACUGCAUAAUAAAUCACAAAAACCAGUCAAUGAUUAUUAUAUAUUAUAUAUAAGAACCGAAUGUUACUGAUUCAUCGCUGGCCCUCCUUUUAAGUUUCACUAAAAUAGUUUGUUUUUUCAAUUUUGUAUAAAUUGUUCAAUUCGUGUAAUAUUAUUAAUAUGUAAUUGUGAGUUCAUCCUGAAAUUGCUAGUAUGUAGUUUGCUUUUUUUUUUGUCUAGACUUAGAGUGAAAACAAGUCAGUUCCACUAUAAGCUCAAUAUAAGCUUCAUGUUCAUGGCAUUAUUUUUUCAGUGGAGAAUGUAGCUAUUGUAAGUUACUUUCUUUCAUGUGUAGAUGCUUGCAAGAAGAAACAUGUCUGAUUAAAUCCUCAUUUCUCCUAACAUAUUAUAUUGAGAAUUUGUAGUACAAUCAUGUACAAGUGUCAUCUUUGUAGUUGAUUAAAGUCUCUAUUCUCCCAACA